AUGUCUUGCACCUUGCUGUCGCCUGCCAAGGCGCUGCUGCUAGCCGUACACCUGGCAGCCCACGCCGACAUUGACGCCCUGCGCCUCCUUGCAACCCGCCACCCAGCGGUACUGCGGAAGCAUUUGCUGCUGCGCAUUCUACUCACCGCCCUCCCCGAGACAGCAGACCCUGCGUCGUACGUUGGACUGCUGCAAGAGAUCGAGGCCGGACGCUUUCAGGACUCUACUGUGGAUGAGCUCGACUGCUCCCCAGUCAGCGCAAUCCCCGAACAUGAAGCGGCGCAGAGGGCUAAGAGGCUUCACCUCGCCCAGCUGCCCCACGCUGAUGCCCCUGUACAGGGCGACGACGACGACCUCGCCUGCUUCCUCUUUCAUCGGAGCCUCAGGAUGGACUCAGAGACUGGCAUGCUCUCCCGGAUCCCGGACCUGCUCAUGCCCUUCCUCCGUCACAGCCCCAACCUCCGGGCUUGGGUAGUCUCCACCGUCCUCCCCUUUGUUCGGAGGAAUGCCGAGUACUAUGCAGAAGCACACGUGGCAUACUCACUAUAUGACUUCCAAAAGCUUCCCGGGCCCCAUGCUGUCGGCUACCUACUGUCACGAACCGGUCAUGGUGCGCCAGAGAACCCUACUUACGUCGCUCGUGAUCUCAGGGGUCUGCUGAUGCCAUGGUUGCUGGACCGAUCCCGCUGGACUCUCGGUGACCAGGGGUCCCGGACUCCCAACGACGAACCCGCAGUCUCUGACCCCAAUUGCUCGGGAUGGCAGCAGGCCAUGAUCUGGUUGACGACGCAAGCCGUCGACUCGUGGCAGGUGUUCGUCAGCGCUGUCGAUCACUGGGAUGGGCCCGCCGACGUCGAUCUUGGGCAUGGUGUCGACGACCUGUUGCUGCAAAUCCCGCACCGGCAAUAUCUCCUCCAGACCUAUGCCAGGACUGUGGUUGCAGCGUUAUUUCUAAUACCGGAUGCGUCCCAGGAGUGCCUCGCCGGCCUGUACCGAGCUGUUCUCAAGAUUCGAUCCAUUCAGGGGCUAGGCGACGAAGACGUGCCACUGGAAGACGCACUUGCUCUUCUGCCUACCGGGCUUAACGCCGAGUCCGUGGCCCUGCUUGACGCCAAGUCUGCAUCUCACACCCGAAACGACCUGCUGCAAGGAUGGAACCCCCUGACAUCGCCCACGGCCUCGUCCACCAGUCUCGUGCUGAUGCUGGCCCUAAGCGCGCUCAUUUUCACCAAUACUGGGGUCCCUUGUUCUGUGAGGGGAGCGGCAGACUUGGUCUUCCUAAGAGACGUGCGAGAGCAGAAGGCGCAGGUCGCAAAUUUGGUUCGGGCAGUGUCCUCCAAUGCGCCCCAUGGCGAGGACGAGCAGUAUUGGAUUCGGGCCAGACUUCAGAUUUUAUGGCUAAGGAACUGGUGCAAGCCACCGACCCAUGACGCCUGUACCCCAACUGGGCCCAUUGCAGCCGUUCCCAGGUCCUUCGUGGAAGGCGAGAUUCUCAAACUUUUCCUUGCGAAGUCAUGUUACAAUCUUGCGCGGUCCGUGUACGAAGACAGCGCAGACCUGCCGUUGGCCACAGAUAUGGUACAAGACGCCGUGUAUCAGGCAGCUUUGAAUGCUUUCGAUAAUGCUUCUAACCCUAAUCGAAGCCGAGGAGGGCUCAAGAGAUGCGAUGAUAUCAUUCGUGCAUUUCCCAAAACCAUGGGCCCGAAACUUCCAGGCGCCAUUCGCCUCCAAGCCCUGUUGAAGGCAACACAUGCUUUGAGCGAUUAUCGCCUUGUCCUCAAACAGGGUGAGCCAUUCAGCCCGGUGGUUCUGCGAGUCCACUCAGACCCCAUUGCUGUGAUUGGGAAGGUCCUAGAGCAGAACGACAAGGCAUACACCCGCCUCCAGGAGUUUCUUGAGAUGGGAUUUAACAUGGUGCGGGCGGGUUUGCCGUCUCAGGGCGGGUCGGACAAGCCUCGAGAGCCGACAAAUGAGCGCCUCGGCACUGACAUGUUCGUGGCCGAGAAGCGUAUUAUUGCAAUGUGUGUCGAGGCCGCCCUGCGAGAAGACGACUUUGAGACCGCGUACUCGUACGUGGUUAGUCGGCUUGGGGCACCUGACCCGGGGGAUAUUCCCGUUCCCUACGAUGGGUGGUCGUGGCAAGCAGCUCUGAGGGCCGGGCAAUACGUCCGAACGGAGCGGUCGCAGCAGCCGACUCACCUGGGUACCGCCAGCGGUAACCUCGAGAUCCGACAUCUGGAACAGCGAAUAGAGUGUCUGGCGACAGCUCUGCGAGUUGCCCCGACAAGCGAGCUCCAGGAAGUGCUUAAGAGCUUCCGGCGGUGCGAAGAGCAGCUCGACUCCGCCAUCAAAGAAGAGGCGGCCAAUGAAGCGGCCUGGGAUGCUGCGGGCAACGUGGCAUAUCUUCCAGGUGCCUUCGAUAUCCCCAGAACAGAAAGUCUGCACCCACCACGCAACAUCACUGCCGCCGCAGCUGCGCGACAGGCAGAGGAAGCCCCGAUGUCCCUCUUUGAUCUAUCGCGCGCAACAGCUAGAGUUGCUCAGCGCAGCUUUACCGGGCUCCCGAGCCUGCAAGGCAUGACCGUCGGCGGCAAGCCGGAGGCAGACAACUCCAGCCAACCUCGCGUCCGCAAACGGGAUCAGUUGAGGGACGCGGCAGCCGGGACGCUCGUGUCGGGCGUUGGAUGGCUGAUUGGAGCCAAUGUGCAUCAAGGCACGAAGGAAGGUGGUUGA